GGUCUCAGAGUCCCCUCUUCCGUGCAGACCCCCAAGCUGAUCACUGCGUCUACCGCCUCUGCCCCUCCCUUACGUACUGUUCUGACCCCAAUGCUCCUGUGGCCACUCUGACUGCAGGUUACCGUGUCCGGUGAUGAUUUCCUCCCACUGGGGCUUCCGAGGCCUCAGGGGUGGUCCCAGGGUCGUCUGAGGGCCCCUCAAAAGGUGGCCUCCAGGGUAGUGGGUAGGUUCGAGCAGCUGCGCAUCUCGCUGCCAGCAGAGGGCGCCGGUGCCCUGCAGACCGCCAAGAGGAAACUGCCUUAGAAACUCCCCUGGAGGUUCUUCUCUGAGGAAACUGAGGCCCAGAGAGGAGUCCUACCGUCUCGAGGGCACACCGCAGCCCUGACCCUAGGGGUUCCUGGGACGUCCCUUCCACUCGGCUGUCUGGGAGGGAACUGGGGCCCGGGUGAGGGGCGGGGGGGGGGGCUGCCAGGUGUGGGCACAAGGACGCCUAGGGGGUUUGUAGGAGUUUGCUGGGGGCUGCAAAUUGGGACAGGAACAUCGAGAGAUGGGAACAGCCUGGGCAAAAGCGCCGAGGCGCGACAGAGUGGCGGCUUGUGGGGAGUGGGUUGAUGACGUAGGAGCAAGGCUCUGGGAGAGGUCGAGCAUGGGCUACACAGUGAUUCAAGGCCCGACAUUCUGAGGUCAGGACUGAUUUUCUGCCAGCUCUACAAACAUGGAAACUUAGGUUUUAAGAGAUUGUCACUAGCCCGGGGUCACCCAGCUAAGCGGGAUUCUAAUCAGAAGAGGGGGGCCCCACGCACUUCCUCCUCCUUCCGCCAUCACUUAGAGGGGAAACUGAGGCCCAGGGUAGUCCUGGGCACUCAAGGCCCCGAUUGGGUCCAGCCCAUCCCACACCCCUCUAGCUCGGGGCUGAACGUGUCUCGAGUCAUAUCUGAAAGUGGUGGCCAGUUGAUGAUUAAACCUAGUGCCAGAAUGCUCUUGCUGGGUAACUUCAAGCCCGGGACCCGCUUCCGGCCCUGUUUCCCCUCUUUACCCCCGGGGUCUUCGAGAGACCGGCUCUGGACCCCAUGCUUCAGUUUCACCGAGGGUAGAGGGCAGGCAGCUGGGGCGUUUGAGGUUUUGCUCCACGCCUGGGAGGAGCCACGCCCCUCGCCGCGCCAUUGGUGUGGUCCUUUGUGGGGGUGGGGCCUGUGUCUCGCCCCGCCCCGCCCCGCCCGCCGUAUAAAGGCAGCGCCGGCGCCGGGCGCACAGGAAUUUCUGGCCUGGUCCGCAAGUGCGCCUGCGCACGUUGGGCCGGUUCGUGUUCUGAAGCUGUAGCCUCGGCGCCUCGCGCCGCCGUGCCGCCGCGUCGCGGGUUCGAGGCCAGGGUGUGUGCGUCGCGGGUUCGCAUCCCGGCCGCGAUGCUGUUCGACAAGGUGAAGGCGUUCGUGGUGCAGCUGGAUGGCGCGAGCGCGGGCGCCGAGCCGGUGUUCAGCGGCGGCCAGGCCGUUGCCGGCCGAGUGCUGCUGGAGCUGGCGGGCCCGGCGCGCGUGGGCUCCCUGAAGCUGCGCGCCCGGGGCCGCGCCCACGUGCACUGGACCGAGUCGCGCAGCGCCGGCUCGAGCACCGCGUACACGCAGAGCUACAGCGAGCGUGUGGAGGUCGUGAGCCACCGUGCCACGCUACUCGCGCCAGACACCGGAGAGACCACGACGCUGCCUCCCGGGCGCCACGAGUUCCCGUUCAGCUUCCAGCUGCCUCCGACCCUGGUGACGUCAUUCGAGGGUAAACAUGGCAGUGUCCGAUACUGCAUCAAGGCCACCCUGCACCGGCCCUGGGUCCCUGCCCGCCGGGCAAGGAAGGUAUUUACUGUCAUAGAGCCCGUGGACAUCAACACGCCUGCCCUGCUGGCCCCUCAGGCGGGAGCUCUGGAGAAAGUCGCCCGAUCGUGGUACAGCAGUCGUGGCCUUGUCUCCCUCUCGGCCAAGAUUGACCGAAAGGGCUAUACGCCAGGUGAGGUAAUCCCCGUCUUCGCCGAGAUCGACAACGGCUCCACACGACCAGUGCUGCCUCGGGCAGCAGUGGUCCAGACGCAGACCUUCAUGGCCCGAGGUGCCCGCAAGCAGAAGCGAGCAGUGGUGGCCAGUCUCUCGGGCGAGCCCGUGGGCCCGGGGCGGCGGGCGCUGUGGCAGGGCCGGGCGCUGCGGAUCCCCCCCGUGGGUCCUUCCAUCCUGCACUGCCGGGUGCUACACGUGGACUAUUCCCUCAAGGUCUGCGUGGACAUCCCUGGCACCUCCAAGUUGCUCCUGGAGCUGCCGCUGGUCAUCGGCACCAUCCCCCUGCACCCUUUCGGCAGCCGCUCGUCCAGCGUGGGCAGCCGUGCCAGCUUCCUGCUGGACUGGGGGCUGGGGGCCCUGCCAGAGCGACCUGAGGCUCCUCCCGAGUACUCAGAGGUGGUGGCAGGUGGGGAGGUGGCGGCCGCGGGGCAGAGUCCCUUUCCACCGCUGCAGGACCCUGACGUGAACCUUGAAGGCCCCUUCUUCGCCUAUAUCCAGGAAUUCCGCUACCGCCCCCCACCCCUGUACUCCGAGGAGGAUCCGAACCCACCCUCAGAGGCCAUGAGGCCACGCUCCAUGACCUGCUGAGGGGCAAGUGAAUACCUCGAGGGAUGCGGGUACACACAGGCUUCUGGCCUCCGUGGACAUGGGGAACGGCUGGAUCAAGAGCGGCCCGACCGGACUGCGCUGAAGUUGGGGAAUCCGCGGCUCGGAACAGGGCAGGGCUUUCCGACAGAACCCAGGACGGGGGAAGAGUCUGGAACCUGACUGACGUGGACUGGCCCUCGCGAGGCAUCAGAUGCCGCCUGUCGGAUCCUGUCUUGUCCACGCCGGCCUGUGGACAGGGCUCGGGUCCCCCGGGAGCCUCUGGUCUGGGAGAGACGUCGCCAGACGUAAACGCUUCCGGUCCCGUGGGACCAGAGGAAGAGCUCCAGGACCGGGAGGGUCCAGACGGGAGCAGAGAGGGCUUCCCGGAGCAGAGGGCGUUCCGGCUGAGGCGGUGGCGUGUGAAUAGCGGCCCAGCAGGCAGACAAGCGAGAGGAGGAAGAAGUCGGAGAAGGUCAGAGCUGAGCGAUGUUCGGAGAUCACCCCCUUCAUCUCAGAACUGGGGCUCAGAAAGCGAGUGCCUCCGUUGAGGCCACACGGCACAGGCCGGCAGGCGAGAGGGCCCAGGAGUGAGGCAUUCAGGGAAGCGGGUCAUUGGAGCUCCGUGGGGCUUAUGGCAGGAGUCCACUGCUCCAGCCUUUGUUUUGUUUGUCUUUUAAAAGUAUUUAUUUAUUUUGAGAGAGCGCACGAGCAGGGGAGGGGCAGAGAGAGAGGGAGAGGACAGAGAAUCCCUAGCGGGCUCCAUGCCGACAGCGCAGAGCCCAGCUCGGGGCUUGAACCCACGGAUCGUGAGGUCAUGACCUGAGCAGAGAUCAAGGGCUGAACGAACGCUUAACCGACUGAGCCACCCCGGCCCCCCUCCAGCCUUUGAAAGCCAGAGAGAGAUUCCUGGCCUAGGCUGGGCCUGCCUGGGGGCUCCUCCAGUACUCCAGGACAUGCGACUUGCCUGGGUAUUGUAUGACCAGGGAAACCCGGUUCAGAAUAUUAAGCCAGACCUUGGGGUCAGAGGUCAGCCUGGGGUAACACAGGAGGACCAGCGAGCCUCUGGAGCCCUCCUGUAUCCUGGAGGGACAAAGUGUGAGGGGGCAGCUGGACAAGCCCCCAGUUGGAGAGUCUCAGCCGUAGCUGGGGGCGGGGCCCCCGCCUGGGACUCAUCAUUUUUGAUAAGCCUUAAAUUGUUCUCUUUUUUACAGAUUUUUUUUUUUUUUUUUAAAUAAAAGCGUGGGGAACGAGA